CUAGCAUCUGCCUAGCACUUUAUCAAACAGUCUACUGCGCUUUAUCACUAGGAGGAUAUAGAUAAGAGACUGUCAGAACGAGGAUAUAAAUAUAGCCUGCUGCCGUCAUGAGAUACCGCCAAUAUCUGCUCAUACCCCACACACUCUUCCUGAUUUUAAUAGAUCAAAGACACUCAAUAUGGGCGUUCUACAGCGAAUCACGGAGAUUAUUGACUGGUAUCCGAAGGAGAUGUCGAAUGAGGAGCGCAAGCUUGUCAACAAGAUUGACUGGCUUGUUCUGUCCUUCUCAUGCUUGUCCUAUUUCACAAAGAACUUGGACGUCUCUGCUCUUACCAAUGCCUACGUCGCUGGUAUGGAUGUAGACUUGGAUCUUUAUGGUGAUCGCUUCAGUUAUGCGAAUUCAAUGUACUAUGUUGGAUACUGUCUGUUCCAGAUUCCGUCAAACAUCGUCCUCACCAGACUUAGAGCCGAGUGGUACCUUCCAGCUGCAGAGGUUCUCUGGGGUAUUUUCACACUGGGCACCGCUUUUAUCAAAAACUACAAGCAGCUUAUGGUUCUCCGCUUCUUUGUCGGAUUUUCCAGCACGGCGUGCUGGGUCGGAAACGCCCAUAUCGUCAACUCGUGGUAUACUUCCCAAGAACUCGGAAAGCGCAAUGCAAUCUAUUCUUGUGUCUGGCCUCUGGGUUCUAUGUUUGCUGGUUAUCUCCAGUCUGCGGCUUACAACAACCUCAACAAUACAGGAGGACUUGCAGGCUGGCGUUGGCUGUUUAUCAUCUGCGCAAUCAUCACGAUUCCGAUUUCAUUGAUUGGCGUCAUUUUCUGUCCGAACGUGCCUGAUCGCACUCAUUCCAGAUUUUUGAACGAACGAGAACGUGAGCUUUGCGUCAGCCGUCUUGCAAAAGAUGGGUUUGGAAAGUCGCGCGGAGUUGACAGGACACUGGUCAAACGAAUCUUUGGAAACUGGCGGAUCUACGUCUUAUUCGUCGUCGGAAAUCUGUUUUGGAUGACUCCCUAUCCUUCUGGUAUCCCUUACACGCUUUGGCUUGACUCUAAUCCAAAGUACGGUGUUUCGAUGGUCAACAAUCUCUCGACAAUCACAUACGCGGCCCAGAUCGUGUCGAAUAUGGUCUCGGGCUGGUACUCUGAUUACCGCAGAAACCGAUGGGAGCCAAUGUUGUAUGGCGGAAUUCUGAUCUUGGUGUGCAACGUGUUGCUACUUGUGUGGAAGAUUCCUAACGGUGCCAAAUUCUUUGCAUUCAUCGGUCUCGGUGUCGCAAACGGCCCUACCAAUCUCUGCGUACCUUGGAUUGCCGAGGUUUUCUCUCAUGACGUCGAAGCGCGAUCGGCGGCGAUUGCGAUUUUAAACGUCGGCUGGGUUGUCAUCAAUCUUGUCGUUCCGUUGGUCGCGUGGCCUACAAGCGCAGCGCCUGAGUUCAAGGGCGGAUAUAUUUGGAGUGUGAUUAUGUCUGUUAUCCAAAUGAUCUUGCUUCCUGUUCCGGUGUACCUUCUCCGAAGAGAGAAGAAGAUGGGUAUUGAUUACCACAAGAAAUCAUGGGCUGAUGUUGAGGACGUGGUGGUACUCGAAGGUAUUGAUCUCAGCGACCAGGGCAGCGAGAGCGGUAACCAGAUCGCUACGGCUAUUACUCCGCUAUCCUACAAGGAAGACGCAGAGAAGAUGAGUGCUUCGGGUGAAAUUGACUCUGCGGAUACUAUGAAGAAGGACCAGGUCGAGGUGUCUGUGAAGGGCGAAUAGAUCGAUGAAUUAAGUCCGAAGUUGUUUCUUUUAUUUUUAUGGUUCGUUUUAGUGUUUCUGUUGGUGUUGAGUCGG